CUACAGUGGGCGUGUCUCUCCCUCCUCCCGCCUGCCUCACACCUACCACCAACCAAUUACCGGCUGGGGGCACGUUUCAAACAUGCUUUCUCCGCCAAUCACUAGCGUUCGCGCCCACAGCGCUAUUUCGGAGAGCCCGGAGACUAAGCGGUUAAGGAGUGCUGUGUAGUUGGAAGUUUGCUGAGGGGAGCGCCGAGGCGCAGGUCACAUUGCGGAGUGACAGAGACGUAGCAGAUCAUUAAGGAAAUGCCGGGCCAAAAAUAUGAGACUGGUGAGACUGUGAUGGGUCGAUGGCCAGGGAGCAGCCUUUACUAUGAGGUGCAAGUGGUGGGAUUCAAUAGCAAGACUCAGGAAUAUCAAGUCAUUUAUAAAGAUGGAACUGAUCUGGAUCUUAAGGAGGGCGACAUUAAGAGACUGAACAUCUUCAACAGGAAAAGAUCCUCCUCUCCCUCGAGACGCAGAAGUCGAUCAAGGUCCCGAUCUCCAGGGAGAUCUCGUUCUCCAGGACGUCGCCGUUCUCCUCUCCGUUCUCCUCUCCGUUCAAGUUCUCCAGGGCGACCCACAAAGAAUGGACAUCAGUCAUCUAUAAUCAGAGAUAUCCAAAAAGGGGAUAGACUUCAAGUGCACCUAACCCCCGUGAAAUUGCGAGACUACACUACUGGCAAACAUAAUGGUGAACCCGAAGGCUUUGAGAAAACAAUUGCACGCCACAGAGCAACACCAGUUAAAGCAAUAGAGCCGAUGGAGGUAGAGGUGGAAAGGAACGAAAAAGUUUUGCGAUUCAGCCUCAGCCCACGAAUGGAGAGCAGCAUACCAACGGGGUUUGUGCUGACAGACAGUGUACGGACAGAAAGCUUGCCACAAAUCACUGAGAAGAAUGCUGGGAAUCCAAAACUGGCAUUUGGAGGAGCAGUCGGUUGCUUCCUAUUCAUGAUCUGCUUCCCUGCUCUUCUGUACUACCUCCUAGUUGUGUGUGGGCAGCAAUACCCAUCAAGUUAUCCAUUUGUGGAACUGUUGGACAUUCAAGUGUUUGGGUUCUUUGUUUUGUGGACAUUGCUGCAAGCGCUGUUUUAUCUGCUUCCACUUGGGAAGGUUGUAGAUGGUGCGCAGCUUAAAAAUGGAAAAAGACUGAAGUAUCGUAUUGGCGGAGUUUAUGCUUUCCUUCUGACUGCAGCAACAAUGGCGGGGAUCUAUUAUUAUUACAACAUUGACUUCCUUUAUGUUUUUGAGCACUAUCUUCAGUUUGCAGCUUCUACCACAUUGUUUUCUUUUCUGCUCAGCAUUUAUCUUUAUGUACGAUCCUAUAAAGUCCCAAAUGAGGAGCUUUCUUGGGCAGGAAAUUCAGGGAAUUUCAUCUAUAAAUUUUUCAUGGGCCGAGAAAUAAACCCGCGUAUUGGAAAUAUAGACCUUAAAGUUUUCUUUGUGAUUCGGCAUGCAUUAAUGACCUGGGUUCUUAUUAAUAUAAUUAUGCUCUUAGCUGAAAUGAAAGAACAGAAACUGGAUGAGCCGUCCUUAUCGAUGAUAUUGUUGAACAGUUUUCAGUUGCUGUACGUGCUCGAUGCUUUCUGGUAUGAGGAAUAUUUUUUGAUGUCACCGGAUAUUGAACGUGACGGAUUUGGAUUCCUUCUUGCAUUUGGAAGCCUGGCGUUGAUCCCAUUCAUAUAUUCCUUACAGACUUAUUACUUAGUAAACAAUCCUGUGCAUUUGUCUUGGCAGGCAGCUUCCGCCAUUGUGGCCUUGAACCUUUUAGGUUACGUCAUAUACCGAGGUGCCAAUAACCAGAAGUGCGCCUUCAGGAAGAAUCCGGAUGAUCCACGACUUUCCCAUCUGAAAACUAUUCCUACAUCAGCAGGAAACAAACUCUUGGUCUCCGGGUGGUGGGGAUUUGUCCGCCGUCCUAAUUACUUGGGUGACAUAUUAAUGGCCUUAGCCUGGUGUUUGGCCUGUGGCUUUAAUCACAUUUUGCCCUAUUUCUACGUGAUCUUCUUAAUACUUCUUCUAAGCGACCGAGCAGCCAGAGACGAGCAGAGAUGCCGAGAGAAAUACGGGCUGGACUGGGACAAGUAUUGCCAAUACGUGCGCUACCGCUUAGUCCCGUAUAUUUACUAACAAGACACAUCACUGGCCCCUCCCUGAUCUCGGAGGGUUCCAUGUAACCAAAACCUGUGUAGAAUAAGCACGAGCUGUAUAUAUAUAUAUAGAAUGUUUUUACCAAUUCUUUUUUUAAAAAAUAUAUAUUUUUAAGUGCAAAUAUAUUUAAAAGAACAUAUUUAGCAAAUCACGGAGCUUUAACCCACGGGCGGUUGUUUCACAGUUCUCGCUUUCUCUGAAUCUUUUUGUUUUCAGCUUAAAGUUCCGUUUAAUGGUAUUAAAGUCAUUGGGUAAUCAGUUAGGCUUUUGGCAGAGAUAAUUGUGAAGGAUCUUGUUUAUUGUGGUGAUGGAAUAUCUAUAGUAAUAAGUCACAUCAACUGGACUUUCAAGGAACAAAAUAAAAAGCAGCAAAUCGAUCUGA